CUUCUGACACGGCGGCCGCGGGGGAUCGGGCGAGCCGAGCGGCUGCCGCCGGUGGCCGGGGGAAGCGGCCCGGCGGGGGGCGCCGGGAUCGAGCGCCCUCCCGGGGCUCCGUGCCGCCCUCCCUGCUACUUUCGCCAGCCGCGGGGCCGUUGUGUCCGGUGUGAGGAGUGGCGGCCGCUGGUCGCGGACAGCCGUGCCGUGAACGGGCUAUGCAGAGUCAUCAAUAUGUUCAAGACAUAUAUUUGAAAGGUGGGGAACUAGUGGAAGAGUUGCAACUUUUUGAAGACACAAACCUUAUCAUACUUUUCUUGUUGCAUAUCCAGAAAGUCAUAAAGGAAACCUCAGCCACACUUCAGCAAAAUGCAGCGGAGUCUACUACACGCUGCGUCUCAGCUGGCACAUGGGACAUGUUUGGUUUUUCCUCGCGCUAGUAUCUUUCAGUGCUUAAAAGGACAAUCAGUAUUGUCUAAUGUUGGAUGCAAAGUGAUUAUGGCACUGGACUCCCCUAAACGAUGUCUUCAUGCAGGUGCUGCACGCUUUGCUGCAAAGAAAAGUGCUUUUUCAUCACAGCCAGCAGACGCUCCUCACAAAGUACCAGAAGAGAGAAAUCCUUUGGCUUCAGCCACUGAUACCCCCAAGCAGAGCCCUGUAGAGUCAGGUUCUUCAGAUCCUGAUCCAUUACAAGACAAAUCAAUUAGUCUCGUUCGGAGAUUCAAAAAAACUUUUAAACAGUAUGGAAAAGUCAUGAUUCCAGUGCAUCUUCUGACUUCCACUGUAUGGUUUGGAUCCUUUUACUAUGCAGCCAUGAAAGGAGUAAAUGUUGUUCCAUUCCUAGAGUUGAUUGGCUUACCGGACAGCAUAAUAAGCAUCCUGAAAAAUUCCCAGAGUGGAAAUGCACUAACUGCAUAUGCAUUGUAUAAAAUUGCAACUCCUGCCAGAUACACUGUAACUUUGGGAGGAACGUCCAUCACUGUUAAAUAUCUACGUAAGAGUGGCUACAUGUCCACACCGCCGCCAGUAAAGGAAUAUCUACAAGAUAGAAUGGAGGAAACAAAGGAUAAAAUUACAGAGAAGAUGGAGGAAACAAAGGAUAAAAUUACAGAGAAGAUGGAGGAAACAAAGGAUAAAAUUACAGAGAAGAUACAAGAAACCAAAGAUAAAGUUUCAUUUAAAAAAAUAAAGGACUAGGAGAGAUACUUAAUUUUUGGAUAUAUCAAACUUAGCACUUUAACCCUUUAUAAGGCAGAAUAUGCGAAGUGCACUUCUGAGCUUUUUUUUUUCUUUUUUCUCCAACCCCUCCCUUCCCCCCUUGUCUGGAGACUACAAUUGCUCUGUGGAUUUAAAAAUUCUGUAUAUUCACCAAGGUUAAAGUUCCCUGGGGGAGAGGUUGUGACAAAAUUUCAAUUUACAGAAGGAAUAGCAAAUCUCAGAUUAGAAGUUUGUGUGUCCGAUGGUAAUAAUGUUAACAGUUACUCUUCCCUCUUUUUUUCUUCCCCCCUUUCAAAAUGAAGAUGGCUUCUUCCAAAAGCCACUGUUUUAUUCUUCUUCCAUCAUAGUGCACAGCCAUAAUUCCAUUAGUCUGAAUCUUCCAUUAAAUGAGACUGAAGAUUUCUCUACUGGGAGAGGCACCAUAUUUUGGUUUUCAGAGUAUGUGGACCCAGGCCUCUUAAAUCCUGAUCAUCUCUCAACUUGGAGACAGACCAUUCUCUCUGAUACUGCACAUGAAGGAGUCGAUGGAUCAGUCACUCAGUCUGAAUGAAUUACAGCGGGUACAUUGACUUCAGCUGAGCUGUGAUAGUUUACAGGUUGAGACUAUGAAUCUUUCUUGGACAGUGUAUCUUUUCAGAAAUGUCAGCUGAAAGCUAUAGGAAGAUGAGUUAAUCACAGUAGCCACACUGUUGAGUAUACUUUGUUUCCUAAAGUUGAUUUACAGUAGAAAGUUAUUAAAUGAAAUUAAUCAAUAAUUGUAUAUUAAGAACUAGAUUUUUUUUUAUUAUGUUAACGUUUACAAAACUGUUCUGUUUCAUUUUUGGAACAAAAAUUCUGAAAGAGAAGUUUACUGGAGAAAUUGGUACACUAAGGGGCUUUUUAAAUACAUGCAGAGUUAAACUAAACCCAAAAGUUCCUCCUGCUAUUCAGGAUUCCCUCAGGCUUCAGUGGAAUGAUUUAACUAAAAUAAGGAUAACUUCCGAGGCAGUGAUCACAGGCUACCAAACUUUUUCCCCCUAGAUUUUCUUAGGUCAAGCAAAUACUUUAUUCAUAGCUGAAGGCUGAAAUGGUGUCUCAGAGAUGUCAUAAAGGACUAAAGUUGAAAAUGUUCUGUUUGACUAGGCAGGUAAACUUCUCUCAUGGUUUUAUUCAAAAAUAGGCUAAACUGAUGAAGUGUUUUUUUUUCCUAUUUCUAUGACAGACCUCACUUUGUAGCAACUCUCUGCAUGUGUAUCUUGUUUAACAAAGGUGGUUUUUUGCAGGGAGAUAGGCAGGGGAAGCAACAGAGUUGGACCCUGAGAGCUGUAAUUAACAGGAGUAGAAGAAUAUAGCUGAUGCUCAGCUCUGCCCCGCUCUUAUGUUUUCAGUGAAGUCACUGAGGGCCUCUCCAUGUUUAAGUGAGUUGAACUUCAUUACCUUGAUCGUGUGGGAUUGAUUACGUACUUCUCUGCCUCUGUCCACAUGUCAAAUAGUAACUGCAAUCUAAUGCCUACCUCACAGGGAUGUUGUGAGGAAUAAUUGUUGUAUAUUCAGCACCCUGAAAAUGUAAAGUGCCAUGUUUCUGAUACACUAUUAAAAAAUAAUUCUGUGAA